GAGGCGGGCGAGCUCGGGGCGGGGCCGGCUGAACUACAGCUCCCGGCAUGCAGCGCGGGCGGACCGCCUCCAGCUGCGCACUGGCGUAGCUUGCAGGGUCCCGGCCCGGGCACUAGCGACUGGGGUUGCUCCCACCUGGCCAAAAGUCAGGCUGAUAAAUGUAGCCAGUCAGACUUGCUGCUCGGACUGUGUGUUCCUGGCUGGAGUACUUCAGGUGGUGUGACUCCAUGGGGUGCAACUUCAUGCUGACUUAUGAGGUUUCCCGUCUGCCUCCCUGGGUGCAGUAGACCAGGAAGUCAGAAGGCAGGGCAAAGAAAAAAAUGAAACAUGCAGAGCUGGAGACAGAGCACAGCGACUUCAUGGCUGCAUUAGACCAAGACUGGGAGUGUGGGGCAAUCUGCCCGGGAAAUGGAGGGCACGAGGAGGAUGUCUGUGAAAGCUUAAGUUUCCUGCAGAUCGACACUGGCUGGGACAGCCCAAAGGACCUUCCUGUGGGAUGUGAGAUGUGGGUCUCGAGGAAUGUUCUAAGGAAACAGAGACACUGGGAAAGAACAGUUACAGCAAAGAAGAAUAAGAGAAAACAGGAAAGAGAGAGAAGAAAAGCCAAACAUGGUGAAGAUAAAGGUUCAUCUGAGCAGCACAGCAAGCGCGUUUUAAAGGCAAUUACAAGGGAGCGGCUUUUGGAGGCCAAGGAGUGUGGGCCUUGGCUGUGUAUAGACCUGAGUAUGACUGGUCACAUGACCAGGAAGGAAGUAAGUCGGCUUGCUGCUCAGAUAAGGAGGCUAUACGGUUCCAACAAGAAAGCUGAAAAGCCAUUUUGGAUCUGCCUCACGGGGUUUGUGCCAGGCAGUCUGGUUUAUGAUGAGUGCUUCAGAAUGAAUGAUGGAUUCUCCAACUAUCUGAUGGAUACAACUCAGGAAAGUUACCUUGAUCUAUUUCCUUUAGAGACAAUUGUUUUUCUUACUCCAGACUCUGAGAAUGUCCUUGAGGAUGUCGAUUCAAGUAAAGUAUACAUCCUUGGGGGGCUAGUGGAUGAAAGCAUUCAGAAGAAGCUGACCUUGCGGAAGGCACAAGAACAUUCUUUGCAGACAGCCCGGCUACCCAUCCGAGAGUACAUGGUGAAGAACGUUAAUGAGAAGAACUAUCAUUCCGAGAUAUUAGCCAUCAAUCAGGUCUUUGAUGCCUUAUCAACCUACUAUGAGACCAAAAGUUGGCCAGAAGCCUUGAAAGCUGGAGUUUCUCUUGGAAAAGGUUAUAUUCUUCCAGAUGCUGAUAAAUGACUGAAACCACAUCUGCUUGGCAGUGCACAAGAAGAUUCUUUAUUCUGUGAUGUUAAUGGGCUGUACAGACAAGAGGCAAACUCUACCUUGAUUAUUUCAAGCAGAGGCACCAGCAUAAACUUUGUGUAUAGAACAAUGCAGCAUAAUCUAAACCUCUUUUCAGUUGGAUACAUUCUACCUCAUUGGUAUAUUGCUGGAAAAUGACUUUACCUACACCCUGGGACUCAAAUGAAGACCAGCUGGGACUCCAAUAAAGACCAACUGGAACUUAGUUUUACU